AUGUUUUCGAAGCUUCGCCGCCUCAGUUCAACACUGUCCAUCAAGUCUAACUCAUCAUCACAGUCGGAACUCGACAGUGGAUAUGCAAGCCAUCGCACCAGUAUCACAGGCCCACCCUGCAGCGACCUCGAUAGCUUUUCAUUCUCCCGAACCACAUCUUGGGAGUGUCAACCGCCAGCGUCUCUCCUUGGACUGCCAUACGAUAUUCGCCAACGCAUCUUCCGGCACCUUGCUACUAGCACGAACCUGACUUUGUGUCCUCCUCGGGUCGCAAAUGCACGGCAGAAAUCUUCCUCGCCUCGAAAGUCAACCAGCGUCGAGCCGGUGCCUUUACUCUUAGUCAAUCGUCAAUUACGCACAGAGUACGCGCCGGUCCUUCUCGCGAAUGCUGCAAUCGAAAUUCGCGUUCUGAGUUAUGACUUCAGCAAUUUGGCGGCCGCUCUGUCGAAUCAUAGCGAAGCUGAUCGCACCGCAUUGAGCCGUAACGUCAAUAUCUGGAUUCAAGUGAUCGUGUCACAUGUCCCAACAUCAGAUGAUCAAGCACGCCUCAAAGAAUGGACGAUCGAACGCUCCAUCCUUGCUGCUCGAGUAGCUCAGUCCUCAGCCACGCACUGGGAAUUGCAGCGCCAGGCGUCCAUCAUUCCGGAAGCCGAUGACGAGACAUCCGAUACCGAAGACUCCGAGUCGCAGGAUAUCGUACCUAACAUGAUAACAAAGGCUGCUAGAUGCUCGUCAUGGAGCCCGCCAUCAUCCUGGCACUCUUUGCCGUCAUCUUUGUCCCCGUGGGAGAACACGAAUGUCCUCCCACAAUUCCAUUACCGAGUCCGCUUUGCCUCGCAGAUCCGUGGUCCUCGACCAUCAAAUCGCUAUCCCUCAGGUUCUGAUGGGCGGCUACGUAUGGAACUCGACCUGCUCGCUUCACAUGUCAAAAUGAUCAACCGUGUGAAGAUGGAAGUCGAGCGUGAACACGCUGCAGAGAUGGACUCCAAGCCGUCACGGCAUGGAAAAGGCGACCCGCGGUAUGGUUCGCGUUCACAGCAAUCGCAUUCUCGAACGCACGGCAUGCAGCAUCGCCGAAAAUGGGAGGCGACCGACGAAGUGUACGAGAUCCGAUGGCUAGCAAGCUAUGUCAUCAGUCAAGCAGAGCGACUAGAACAACGACUCGAGGAGGACGCCAUAUUCUAA